AUGUACAGACGAAAUAAACAAACAUUCUCUGCAGUUACAGAAUAUCUAAGUAAAGCAACUAGUCCCAUAACUGUAGUCGAACUAUCUGCAGAAGAUGUACGCGAGACCAAAGCACUUGUCAAUAAUAAUCUUUCUACUAAUAAACGGAAAAAUGAAGUAGCUGAAAUCGGUUUCUAUCUUCCAAAUAGCUUAGUAUCCGUACAACAUUUAUGCAGGAUUCUCUUUCAGAUUUUGUCUCCUGCUGGAUUUUUCGAUUUUACUGUUGUUCCUGAUUAUUAG